CCAGUUCGUCGCCGAACAGCGCCCAUCACCUCACGCACGAUCCUCUAACCAUGAAUGAAUCACGCAAACAUGAAGCCCCUGCGCCUCACUUGGCCACCAGGUCAACCUUUAGCCAAUAUUCCUCCCUCUGAUUCAGCUCACACGACCCACUGGUCAUGGUGUAGAGUGCCUUGAGGUCUUCAAAGCACUCCCACGCCAAUGACCGGAGGUCCCCGAGCGCAUCUAUCUGAUCCUCCCCCUCCAACUCAUCCUCAGCUAUCCGUGCAGCAAAGUUGACAUGCACUGGGCGGUAUAUCGACACGAACUGCACAAGCGACCGCACCACUGCCUUGCCGGACGCGUCGACCCAUAACCCUAGAUCCCCCCGCGAGAUGCGUGGGCAGCGCAGACGCCACUCCGCAGGCACACUGUCGGGCCAUGCAUUGGACGCAGGAGGCUGCCAAAAGGCGACCAUCUCCAAGUGCGUCACAGAGACAUACGACAGCAGCUCACAAGCCAGAGCUAUGCGAGACAAAGAGCGGAACCAGACAAGCACCAGACCCUCCAGCCCGCCCACGAGACGACUCAGCUUAGAGGGGGCAGAAGGUAGGUCAGAAAAAGGGAGAGUCGGAAAAAACACAUGCAGCUCCCGGACCGCCGGAAAGCGGCGACUCAGCGCAUGGUACCCCUCCCCCUCCCACUCCCUGUCACCGAUCAGCCACUCGGGGAUGCUGUCGACCACGGCCGAGGCACUCGCGCCCUCCUUGGCCUGGAUGGCCAAAGUGCUGGCCUUGGGGAAGGUGAGCUUGUCACGCCAGGUCUCGUGGAGUGACUGGGUCCCACCCAGCUUCAGUGUGGCCUGAUCAGGUCACAGACACACACACGCACACACGCACACAGAGAGGCGCAACCAAAACACAUGCUGCCCUGUCCGGAUCUCUCUCCCUCCCUGUAUUGUCUGCCCGCUCCUCACCGUUUUGGUCUUGGCUAUCAGCUGUCGUGCAAUCUCGCCAUAGAGGCCGCCGGGCGCAGGAAGGGCACUCGCAGCGUCGCUACUGCAGUCGAGCGCCAACCCGUCCCAAUCUGUCUUCCACUCGAGGUCGCAAUUCGCCUCCGAAGCCCAUCUACCAAACGCCCGACGUCGGCAACUCCUUGCCCGUACGCCACACCGAUCGACGCACCACGCACCGAGAACGCCAGCCUCUUCGGCACAUCUGGCACACAAAGAAUGGAGAAACAAGGCCGAUGAGCCAGCCGCUUCGUGGUCCGACACAGCACAGCUUUCGGCCUAAUCACCUACCCUUGUUCUUCGGUUUGCUCCAGUGCUGGUCGAGAGCCUGCUUGAGGUCAUUGAGGCGGGGGACGAACUGGUCCAUCCUGAUCGUCAUGCAGGUUAUGGUGGUGAUGUGGGGGCAGUUGCUGACGGCGGUAAUGAAUCUGGCCCAAGUGUCGUCGUCAAACGCGAUGGGCUUGGUCUCUAUCCGCUCAAUCUUGGGCGCCCCCUCGAGGACGGACACGAGGGAUCUCGACGCCUCGGGAUACCCGUAGCUGUGAACGCAGACCUCGAGAUUGGUGAGAGCGGGAAGGGCCCAACGACGGAUGCUGCAGGCAAGCACAGCAAUGUGAUAAUGUGAUCAAUGGCUGUUGUAUGCAUGGCUGUUGUAUACCCACCUGACGUAUUGGAGCCACAGCUUGGAUUGGAUCCCCAUGUCUGUCAGCUUUGGAAAUGAGAUCGGGUCCCCCGGGGCACGCGCGUUGCUCUCAUCAAGGGAGAUGAGCCAAUUCGACGUGUGCAGCUGCUUGAGUGUCGCCCUGGAUGCCUCGAGGCACGCCCCCACACACGGCACCACACUGUGCAUCUCGACAUAGGCAGUUCGGAUCUUGCCCUGCACACCCGCAUACACGCGCACAUUACCACCCGACCAACAGAUGUCACCAGGUGUUCCAUCUCACCAGGUGUUUCAUGUCCUCCAGCCUCUGGAUUUUCCCGUAGACGCCUUCUUCGUUGGCUGUCACGCUGAAGUGCCGGAACACGCCGAAGGUCUCGUCAACGGCCUUCUGUCGGGUCUCCCUGUUGACCUUGGGCAGCCUGGCGGCCGCCUUGGCGGUGGUGAGGAAGGACCCGAGGUGACCCAUGACGCCCUCAGGCAGACCCGGCAGACACGGACGGCCAUAACCCUGACACACACAACACCACAGAAAGAUGAUGAGGCACCUACGGCAACAGACAGAAAUGGUGAUGUGUGUGUGUGCCACCUGUGAGCUUCCCCUUUGCUGCUGUGUCCCUCCCGCAGCACCACCAACACUACUCGAGCCACCUGAAGGCAACACACACCACCAGACAGCACAAUCACCGUCGCGAUGUCUGCAGCCACCGGUGGGCGGGCGGUGUCGUGCGCACCUCCACUACUCGCAGCAGCUACGGCUGCUGCCUGGCUGGUGCCAACGCGCGAGCGCUUCCCAUCACCAGUUGACACCUGAGCACAUGAGCCGGCCCGCCUGUGGAUGCACUGACGUGUGUGUGUGUUUCCACUGACCGCUUUGCUGUGCUGUGCCGCCUUGUCGGUCUCAUCCGAACUCUCAGACACACCGGGGGGUCGGUCGUUGACAUUGUACAGCCACCGGAAGCCCUUGCCGUCGCCAUCCUUGCGCUGACAUCCACACAAAUGCACAGACAAGCAAGAACGUGACUGCUCUGUUUGCGUCUUCUGUUGGUCGUUCCAUGCUCAGGUGUGUGUUGUACUCUGUUGUCGGGAUCUGCAACAGCUCAUUGCUGAAUCUCGAGUCGGCGUCUGAGAGGGUCUUGAGCACAUCGGACAACCGGUCAAUCAGCGAUACGCAGGCCUGUAAACAGUACACAGAAAUGAGUGUGGGCAGAUGGCUGCACGGAAGCGUCUGUGCUGACCUGUGUGUCGUUGCCGGCAUCAGCUGGUACCUUCAGCUUCGCGGCCUCACUACUCGCGGCUAUGUGAGAGGCGACCUGCACAGCAGAGCCAACACAUAAGUGCUGCAGCAUAGCAUGCGGAAGACCCGCCAUCCCUCCCCUCUCUCUCUCUCUCUCUCUCUCUCUCUUUCUGUCUUUCUCUCACCGAGUGUAUCUGAUCUAUGACAUCCCGCAGGCUGCCGUCGCCCUGCCCACCUGAGUGCAUUACACCAGCACCACACACACAGAAGGCAUUACACUUCAGUCGACGUGUGGUUGAAUGUGUGUGUCAUCACCGACCUCUUGAGGGCGCCGGGCCGCCAUCGCUACUGAUGUCCAUCGGGAGGACACUAUCAACCACCUGCACCAAAUGAAGAGAGAGGGAAAGACGAGAUGGGCGCCCACCCGUCCGUUUGUGUUCACUGGUCAGGUGAUCGCAGCCUCCAUGCCGACACGUCAGAUCCACCUCAGAUAACCAUAAGAUCUGCAACACACACACAGGUGCACAGGCGUCAGGGAGGAACCGUGCUCGUGAACUCACGUGUUGUCAUCGGUGGCAACGAACCAAAUGGGCGCUGAACACACCUGUAGCCGCACACCUGAUGGAUGCAUCUUAUCCACAGG